AGUUCAGACUAGUGACCGGUCCGCGAGCUUGACGAACUCAUCAGUCGUUCACCAAGGUCCGUCAUAACUAGUUCACUUCGUUAACUCCGCUUAAAACUAAUCAAAAUUAAUCAUAACCGUCAACAAUUGAUCACAAUUGGUUGAGAUUCCAUUACCGACCUGCUACAAGUCCACCAAGCAAUCGUAUUUGCGCGUUCCCAAGUUUUUGCAUAAUUACAUCCUAUAAAUAAUUGACGUCAAUCAACUAUCGGAUUCAAAGAAUUUACACCUUCAACUAUUGAAAGACUUGAGAUUUCGCUUCAUGUACCUCGUCGAUUAUACCUGGCAAUCGUCACUCCUAGAUCAUUCAAAUAUCAGGAAUUAUCCACUUCAAGAAAUUUCUCUAUUCUCACCGUCAUCUAAUCAACAACAUUUGCCUGACGACAAUUUUUAUGCCGAAGGAAUCAUGGAUGGGCCUCCAUUUGAUGAUCCAAUUUUCUCUGAUUUUGGAGGUCGACCUGGUGCGGGAGUUCAUAGUAUCCAAGUGAUGCUUGGUCUUCAUGGUACUCAUCAUACGUCUGAUCUCAUGCCACCCGGGGGACAUCUCCAUAAAUUAGAUUCAUCCGAUGGUUCACCACCUCAUCAUCAAAACUCUCAUCAUCUUCAACAACAACAACAACAGCAACAGCAACAGCAACAACAACAACAAAAAGAAUUAAAAGAACUUGAGCUUGCAGGAAUGUACGCGCCUUUAACGCAAACACAGGAUGUUACGACUUCAACUACAUCUUCAGUAACACCUACAUCUACGGCGUUACAACAGAAUCUUCAGCUUGGUAAUAAUCUCAAACGAAAACCUGAUGAUCCUAUGAAUUCUAUAACACAAGUUACCAGUGAAGUUCAAACAGUUAAAAAAGAUUCUAAGAAGAAAACGGAUAAUAAUGGCAUUAAAAAGAAGAAAACGAGAACUACUUUUACGGCCUACCAAUUAGAAGAACUGGAAAGAGCCUUUGAAAGAGCACCGUAUCCUGAUGUAUUCGCCAGAGAAGAGCUCGCGUUAAAACUAGCAUUAUCAGAAUCCCGAGUGCAAGUUUGGUUCCAAAAUCGACGAGCAAAAUGGCGAAAACGAGAACCACCACGAAAAACCACUGGCUAUAUGACUGCAGGAUCAGCAAGUCCCGGAUUAACUGGCUCAUUUCCAUCAUUAAACAACAGUUUAAAUCCUUUCGCUUCAAGUACAAGCGUAGCAACUGCAACACCUCCUGAUGCUUGGGCCUAUUCGCCAGCUUAUGAUUUGGCACCUCAUUUAAACCUCCUCAGUCCAUCAAGUUCUCCAUAUACAAGCUCAUUCGCUGGACCCAGUAAUAAUGGUUCAGCUUAUUCUUACGCAACUAUGCUGCCUCAGCAUGAUGCAUCACUAUUUUCCGCUCCUUCCGGUAAUACAAUGCGUGUGCACCAAGAUUACAUGACUGGACCAAAUAAUAGUCCACCUCCAUCUGCUUUAACACGAGCUGAUUAUCAAAGUAUGGUAGCGGCACACUCUCCUCAACAUUCCAACCAUCUUGGAGCAGCUAAUGCUAAUUCCAUGUCCGAAGAUGAACAUCAACAAAACAAACAACUCGUUUAUGUUGCUGGACUAAGCCCACCUGACAAAUAUCACCAUGAUCAAUCAGAUUAUACUUCGCAUCAUCAUCAGCAACAACAAGAAUCUCAUCAGAAACAAGAAUAUGGAAUGCAUUCGCCACCUCCUUCCACUCGUCAGACGAUCAAAGAUCAAGUCCUUGUUAAGACAGAACCUACUGAACAACAGAGCUAUGUACAGCUGCCACCUUUUUUGAAUUAACUCGGACCCUUGGGUUCCGAGUGAGAUAUAACAAUUCAACGCAAUAACGUGCAAACUAUAAUGUUCCAUUUCUAUUCAUCAUCAUCGUUGUCAAUCUGUUGAAUUCUAAAAUACUUCUAGUGCCUUGCAAUUGUUGAUUAUCAUUAUGUGCAUUAUGAAUGUUAGAUUAUACGGUUUUACACCAGUUUUGAUUAUAUCAAAGACAAAAGAAUGUUACAAAUUACACAAAUAUUUUUUAAAAAUUCAUCAAUUUUAGAAAUUAAAGUAUACUUGAAUUGAACAUUUUUUUAUCUACUUUGUAAAUAAAAAAUUUUAAACGCUAAAAUUAUUAUAUAAUAGAAUCAAUUACAAAAUGAGCUUUUUUUUGUUUUUGAGCUAUAAAUCUCUUUUAUGUGAUGUAGAAAAACGAUUAAUUUAAUCGAUA